AUGAGCUCUCUCCCCAAUACUCCUCAGCGUAAUGGGACACUCUCCCGGUUUAACAUUGAGGAUGUUGCUGAGGAAGAAUCCGUUACCGAAGCUAUUGUUGAGGGUGACAUUAUCGUUGAAGACAAUGUUUAUGAAGAGGUUGCUGCUGUUGUCCAAGAGGUUGUUGAGCAAGAGAUUGUUGAAGAGGUUGUUGUUAAGGAAGAGACUCUUAGAGACAACAUGAUCGUUCCCGCUAUCAGACAAGAGGAUGAGGCCGAGACAUCUACUGGCCUAAACACUACCAUUUCAGAGAGAGAAGAGAGUCAUGAAAGAGACGACAAUGUCAUUAAAGGGCUUGGGAUUACUGGUAUUCAACGCAGUGGAUCGAUACGAGACCACUCGCCGGUAUUCCAAGUGAUCUGUUGCCAUCCCACGCUGGAGAAAAUGAAAGAGGGCGUCGUAUACAUCCUCGAACAUCAGGAAAACCCUUCACUAUUUAAGAUUGGGUGGUCGAGUAAGAGCGCUGAGGAGAGAUUACACCAACCGAACAACUGUUAUGGAAUCAACACGAAGAUUAUUUAUGAGACCGAAAGAUUCAUCGGUGCUCCCCAGGCUGAGCGGAUUGCGCAAGUCAUACUCCGGCAUGUCAACAUUCGUGUUUUAGAAUGCUUCAAUUGCCAAGGGGGACAUAGAGAGUGGUUCAUUGCACCAAGGGAAACAGUACGCGAGACGGUGAUGCACGUCGAAGAGUUUCUCCAGAUGCCCGCAUACACGCUGCACGGUGGGGAGUACAAAUUAUCACCAGAAGCAUAUGAUCGUGUUGUCAAACAGAUGUGCGACUUCUCAGUGACACGGCUGGGUGAGCUUAUGCGUGGGCCCAAAGAAAGCCACGAGGAGACUAAGACCACAGCCGACAUGUCAAUUGACACCAUACUAACACCUUUAGCUCAAAUUACCGACGAGCCAGAGGAAAUAUCUCGUCCCAAUACUAGCAAUGGGCUUUCAGAGAUACAGGAAGUCAACAAAAGUUUUGUUUCCACUGUUGUUUCCAUUGCCUCGCAUGAAACCCAGUCUCAGAAAUUGUCUGCAGGGGUAAAAUUGGCAAGGAAAGUGAAGCGCCUCUUCUCAGUCGGUGAUUCGGUCAAGACAUAUCUUCUGCGACCUCGGGGGUCAAAGCUACAGCCGGACGGCGAUUCUAAACGCCCAUUCGGUUCUCGCUUUGUGGACCUGAAAGACAAAGCGCGUGACGCAGGCACAAAAGUACGACAUGAUGCUCGAGAAUUUCGAAGAGAUUUUAAAGAGGAAUUGCGCCGCAAGAGUGAGGAGCAGACAGUGUGA